UCGUGCAAAUGUUCUUACAGUGUAAAUUUACACUCUUCAGAAUCCAAGACAUUGGAUUUCCCCUAUCUAUUGUGCCUUGGGAACUUGAGAUUGCCGAUGAACCUGCAACUGCAAAAGAAAUCACGACACGUAAAAGAUUUAUCACGAAACGAAGCAGCAUUUCAUCAGUCUCGAUGCGGUGGAUUUGGCCUUGAAUGGAAAAAAAAAAAAAAGAAAUUUCAUAGUAUUCUCUGUAAAAAUUAUUUUUUCCAGUUUGUUGCGUUCCUGAAAAGCUUUUUCACUGUUGACAUGAGAUGAAGAUCAUUACAACUCAUCAGAGGGCGUGAAGACAGAAGCUUAACUCAACUCAACUCAAUCCCAAUUUGAUUUUUUUUAAAAGAAAUGGUUAAAAAGGGAAACGAUCUCGAAGUAUGGGUAGAGAGAGAGGAAAAAAAAUGAAAAUAGAGAAACAAGUAGACAGGGGGUAGCAGAAAAGGAGGAAAAUUUGGGAGAAAAGUUGAGAAGAGUGGUCUUCGUGGCUAAAAGAGGGGGCCCAAGUACUCCAACAGCGCCUACUUGGAGACCUUGGCCUUCUCCUGAGGCGCGGGCGCAUGAUAGCAUCAUUAAAGAAAACAGUCAUCUUUCUGCAAGAAAAUUGGCCGCCGCUCUCUGGGAAUUCCAUCACUACCUUCCUUUCCCUAAAAUGGACCGGGGCGUUAACUUCAAUGGUGUCAGUUGUGACUUUAAAACGCGCCGCCACCGUCCGCAGCAGCUUCACAAGAACAAGGCUCUUGACUUGUCUCAGUUCUUGGCUGAUCCUUCCCCAAGUUCACCUGAACAGGCUUCUUUGGGCUCUUGUUCAAGUCUUAUGCUGAUUGUUGAGGAACCUCACUCAGUUUUGUUAAAAGCUUCUUUUUUACUUUCAGAAAAGCCAGAAAGUGCAAUCAGUUUAAGAAGGCAUAUUGCACAAUCACUGAUCCAACAUCAUCGCUCAAUUGAAAGAAGUAAUCGUGCCCUUCAGCCCGUAUCUCCGGCAAGUUAUGGUAGGUCCUUAGAGAUGGCGCCAUAUAAUCCUGCAGUCACUCCCACCAGUUCUAUAGAAUUUAAAGGAAGAGUUGGUGAGUCACGAUAUAAUCUCAAAACAUCCACAGAACUACUAAAAAUAUUAAAUCGAAUAUGGAGCUUGGAGGGACAGCAUGCUUCGAAUGUAGCAUUGAUAAAAGCAUUGAAGACAGAGCUAGGCCAUGCCCGUGUGAGGAUCAAAGUGUUGCUUCACGAUCAGCAGGUAGAUCGGCAUGCAAUAGAUGAACUGGUGAAGCAAAUUGCAGAGGAUAAGCUAGUUAUUAAGAGUAAGGAGCAGGAUCAUAUCCGUGCUGCUGUGAGGGAUGAGCUAGAGGAUGAAAGGAAAUUAAGAAAACAGCCGGAAAGCCUACACAGGAAGUUAGCUCAAGAGCUAUUAGAAGUGAAAUCUUCCCUUUCUAAUGCUUUGAAACAGCUAGAAAGAGAGAAAAAAUCAAUGACACUUUUGGAAGAACUUUGUGAUUAAUUUGCUUUGGGCAUAAAAAGCUAUGAACAGGAGGUGCAUGCUUUAAAACAGAAAUCUGACAAGGCUUGGGCUGGGAAGGCUGAUUGUGAUUGCUUGAUUCUCCAUAUAUCUGAAUCAUGGAUUGAUGAACGGAUGCAGAUGAAGCUUGAAGAGGCUCAUCGUGCUUUUGCUGGGCAGCAAUCAAUAGUGGACAAGUUGGGUUUUGAAAUAGAGACUUAUCUUCAGGCCAAGCGUGCAGCUUCUUCUAAGAGAAAUGAUAAUGUACUGCCUCGGGAUAGACAAAAUUCUCUUGAAUCUGUCCCUUUAAAUAAGGCUGUGAGUGCACCUCAAGUUGUCGGAGAUGAGGAAGAUUCUGCAGGCAGUCAUUCAAAUUGUUUCGAACUAAACAAACAAAGCAACGGUGACAUGAAAUUGCAGGGAGAUGAAUCUGUAGAUCGUAAUGUUGAUGAAACGACGAAACACGACCAAAUAAAGCAAAAUAUUGUUUCACUUGAAAGACAAAGGAGUCAGAACCCUUCCAGUUUGCAAGUAAAGUUUGAAGAACGUAUGGCUUGGGCCAUGUUAUCUAAUGGUAAUAAGAAGCCUGAGAUCGUGGAAACAGAACCAAUUGAAUCAAGCAUGGCGAAUAAAUCCAAAAAUACUGGAGCUACUGAUGGCAGUCAUGAAAGAAAGAAUGAACAUGACGAGAUCCAUGGAUCAAACUCAAACCAUAAGAUUGAUAAUUUAAUUAGAAAUCAUAAAUUAUUGUCAGAAGGCAGUAGGCAGAGUAUGCGACCCAAGAAUGACUCCGGUGAAGCAUCUUGUAGUUAUCCUGCACGACCUGAGAAUGACUCCUGUGGGGCACGGAGGAAUCAAGCUAGUCCAGUAAGGCAGUGGAUGUCAAAACUUACAGCCCCAGAUAUUGACAUUUCAGAAUCUUCUACAAAAUUGCCUGCAGUGUUGAAGGAUAAUACUUUGAAGACACAGCUUCUCAAAGCAAGGUCAAAGGGACAUGGAUUGCGAGUUAAAGUUUUUAAAGGUUCCUCUUAGGCUCUUGAGAGCUACUGUGCUGCUGAAAUGUUAAGAAGGUACCUGUUAGGCUUAUGGGCUAUGCCUGGUUGAACUUCUAAAAGGCUUUUGUUAUGUGAAUAUUGGCAUCAGCUCCCAAUAAACUUGAAUUCAGCAGUUUCUUAAAUAUAGCUGUAUUUUCUUCUGCUGUAAUUUUGGACUCUCUAAGUCUGUAAAUAAGUGUCAUAUUAUUAGAUUGCUACAGAAUGGAUGAAGAUGAAUUGCGAGAUGCAUUAAAAUUUUGGGUAAUAAAGUCUUGUGGACUCAUUUGAAGUU